UACAGACUCACGCAGACUUCACAUCACAGUCAAAGACCCAACAACCCGCAGUCCACGCUGGUCGUUGACUGCUUUUCCCUAUCAUGGUCCUUCUCUGACACCUACCACCAACAUGUCGACUAUUGCCUCGAGCCCUGCAAUUCCUCGUCCACGACCGUACCGAAGAUCCUUAAAUUCUACUCUACACACGAGAUUUGUACAUGCGGCCUUAAUAUCUCUGCUGAUUGCUCUCAACAAUGCUUUCUGGCUGGGCUCCAACAGAGGUGCGUCGGCUCAACUCUUUGUUCGCAAUGACUCGCUGAUCCUCGCAGACCUCUUCUGGUCAUGGUUCCCGUUCGGACCUGCAGGCAUUAAAGCCUUGCUCUUCUUCAUAUCCAGCCUCUCCAUAUUUUUCUUGCAGAUUGCUACACUCAAGAUAGGACGAUGGAUGACGACCUCUCCUUUUGCUGUCUUCAGAACAAUUGCACUGAGCAAGACCACUGUAUGGACUGUUUUUUGGUACUUUUGGUCGGCAAUCUUCUUCACUGAAGUAUACGUCUGGUCCUCACCAGAUCUCAGUUGGACAAUUCCUGGAAGUCACAAUGCCCCCGAGAUGCUCAACGAGAAACCAAUCUUCUUCCGCCUGUACGCCCAGCUUCUGGCCUUAACUUACGCUGGAGUACAUCUCUACCUUGGAAAUUCGUCGCUUAUAAUUCCCAUCUCAAAACUUCCAUCGACACCGAGUCCAGAGGGUAAUGCACAAUCAACCCAUCCGAUCAGACCAGUUCAAAUUCAACUGCAGCAGAAAUUACCUGGCGCAGUCAUGCGCAGUGCUGUGUGCGCAGGCCUGGUGAUGGUAGCCGCGCCAUUCCUGAAUACCUUGUUUUUCCGACGGACGCUCUGGCAUAUCCACCUAACCAUCGCCAAGAUCUGGAGCAACUUGUCAAGGGCGAAUGCUAGGCCCACCGGAAUACCGCCCCUGGGACCUACAUAUCUUGCCCGGUGUCUGUUCGCAGGCUUUUUACUGGCUCUAACCUGGGAGCUGACGGCUAUCCUUUUCUCGACGUACCUGAGUCAAGAACCUACCAAGGCAGGAUUGCCUCUGUCAAACACAAGCAAGGAUCCCAACGGGACAUUGCUCACAGGUUUGAGAGCCAAGAGGGACGUUGUGAGGACAUUUGCAUUCUGGGAGCUUGCUAUUAUAGCUCAGAAACACAAGGAUCGCAGAAAGACCAUCUUCGAAGACAUUGAGCGACCUACUGGACCAAUUUGGGCUCAAAUGUCCGAAGCCGGGCUGAAGAUUCUACAAGAAAUCGAUACCCGUAUCCUCGGACCCGCUCCAAAACAACCACAGCCCCAAGCCGAUAGUACAGUAACAGGCCUACCGCAUAUUGUCCCAGAGGUGCAGACCCAAUCGAUCUUUCAGGCAAACCCAAAACCGACCGUGGGUGAAUCACUGGUCCUGAGUCCUUUGCGGCACAUCGGAAGUAGCAACCAGCCAUGGCGUCCACCAAUUGAGGAGACAACCAAGGCGGUGGAGAUGAAGUUGCUUGAGUAUGCUAGGCCCCCUGGCGCUGACCAAGUACAGUCACAGAGCCUAAUUGAGCAAUGGACUAUGUCUUUACAAAAGAGUCCUAUAGGCUGGUUUUUCACAUCUACGAAAACAGCUAGAAUCAAUGUAGCCGUGCUGGGAUCACCAAAUGAUGACGCUGCCCUUAUCGUCGACGUGAUUGAUUCAAUCACUAAGAUGCUGGUUGCCAGUCUUACCGAGGACACAUACGGCAAGGCAACGCCUACCGUUCCCGAAACAGUGAGGCAAUUUACCAAAACACUCACAACAAUUGAAGCCUUCGUUGCAAAGAACGACAUCAGCAAAAGCGGAGGAAUCGAAGAGGUUGAGAUCAUUACCGAGAGGCUCAGAGCUGGCUUGAAAGAAUUACUGGCAGCCUUUCAACUUUACUUGCUUGAUGUUGGUCUUGGUAUUGCCGACCUCAAUCAAGCGAAGAAGGCAGUUGAGCCGCCAAAGUCAGAACCUCAGCAGCCGAAACCUGUGGAGCAGCCCACUCGGAGACAGCUCUUCGCAAAAGACACGCAGAAAGAGGACACGAACCCUCAGCGAGCACAACAGAGGCAGGAGAGCCGGAGAAUAGAGCCAUCUCAACGGUCGUCCGGCCUGCAGAGAAAGCCUUCCACCAGCAGGAACGCGAGGCAGCAGCCGAGAAGGGAAAUGGAACAGGUUAGAUAAGCCUUUUAGACCUAAUGGUAUUGGAUCUUCAUCUUCCGAGUAGUUAUUAC